AUGUACAUUUUCGUCAAGACCCUGACUGGCAAAACGAUUUCGCUGGACGUCGAGCCGACCGCUACGAUUGAUGCCGUCAAGGCUCAGGUUGCGGAACGGGAGGGCAUCGAAGCAGAGGCCCAGUUGCUCAUUUUCGGAGGCAAGCCGCUCACCAACGGCAACCUGAUGGACUAUAACAUUCAUAAAGAGUGCACCCUCCACCUCGUCGUCCGCCUGAAGGGUGGCGCUGGCAAAACCCACUCGUCCGAGACUCAUGCCUUCCCUACAGCUUACAAGACUACAGCUUACAAGAGCUCUGCUUGA